UGAAAAAUUUAUGUGCUUUACUGUACACGGUUGCAAUGAAUGAACAAGCACGUAGUAUCUUAUGGGUAAAGUUAAGCAGAUAGAUUUCAAGUAGGUACCCAUAGUUAUACGUAGUUUAAAGAAUGAUUUGCAUAUUCGAUUCGGCAUUUCCGUUUAAAAGGCUAAAGUGCUGAUGGCUAAUUGUUUACUGACCUUGCUAAAUCGUGUGGGAUAACUUAAUCGUGUAGGCGUCAAAUUAUGUCACAAAAUGUUACAAAGCCACAAUACUACUUGUAAUGUAACCAAAAGCAAUGUCGAAUUUUUAAUCGAAUGUUGGUUUGCAAAAUACUGUUAGUGAAAUAAAUUAGUGGCAUUUUGUGUGUUUAAAAAAUCUUAGUAAGUAGGUAGGUAUUCCAUAUUUAAAAAUUUAAGAGGGAAAUACUUAUGAAUAUCAUUUUUAUUAUUACUCUGUGGCCUGUGAUUUGUAUCCUAACCUAUAUACUACAUCGUAAAACAAUUAAUACUUACAAUUUUAUGUUUAUACUAUUACGAUUACGUAUGUAAUAAAAACAAUAUAUUAAAAUAAAGCAAUACUGAUGAUGGAUCUCCACUGCCAAAUAUUGCUAUACUUUGACAACAGGCGUAUAAUAAGUGACAUGAAAAAUACUUGUGACCAAUUUUUGAGUGAAAUUAAUGAUAAAACGAUAUGUAAAUAUCCGCCUUUAAGAUUUUUACUUGAGAUCGAUGUAAUGGAUUUGUUAGACAUGGUUCCUGAAAUUGGAGAAACACUAUUACAAGAACCCAUAAAAUGGCAAAACGUAUGUAACGAGAUUUUAUUCGCAUGCUUAGUUUCUUUGGAUAGUAACGAAUGGACUAAAAACAUGAGACCAAAUCAAGUAGCUGUUAAUUUGAGAUUAAAAUGUUUAUCUAAAGUGUUAAUGGUUCCAAAUCGCCAUUAUUACAAAGGCCUAGUAAGUUUCCAAGGCUUGUUGUUAGCAAUAUCUAAACCUAAUAGCUAUGCCUAUCAUACUGUUUGGUCUUGUCCUGAGGAGUGCGAAGAUAGUGAAGUUGUUCUACAAUACAUACCAAAAGUGCCACCUAAAUGUUAUGUCUGCAAGAGUGUUCUAUAUGAAAAUAGCGGCUUGAGAAGAUGCGGUGAACAAGUAAAAGUCACUUUAAAACUAAAGAACAGUUUGCUUUCGAAGAGUUUAAAAAUUACCGACGAUUUGAUACCUGUUUUAACGCUCGGAAGGGUUUAUAAUUUCUAUGGUGUCGUUUUGAAGAAUGCUAUGUCUAUUUGGUCUUUAGAGGAAGUGAUUCCAUUGCCUGUGCCAAUCACCGCACCUAUUCCCGAUGAUGUCGAAAAACUAUUUAAUGCUUGCAAGGGCAUCUCUUGGAGAUUUAUAUUCUGUUUAGCCUCAUGUAUAGGCGUCAAUGAGUGCCCCUUAAAUUGUUUUAUGCAUUUAAAGAUUAGUUUGCUGCUAAGUUUAACAAGCGUAAAAGCAAACAUGUUUACAAAAUCUCGAAUUAUUCACGUUUUUGUCGCUGGAUACGACACCGGAUACGUUGGAGAGCUGAUGAAAGGUGCUGCCAAACUUGCACCACGAUCCGUGUGUAUGGGGACUUCCAAUACAACAGCUACUGACACAUUGGUCGGUUCAUCUGGUGGUAUAUGCUUCUUGCCCCUACCAUUUCAUGUCUACAACCAAAAAUUGAUAAAUUGUCUCUUAUCUAAUCUAGAAUCAGGCGUAACAUCGAACGAUACGAACCCAGCUCAAAUUCAAUGUGCUGUUUGGGCACAAGGAAUGGAUUAUAAAAAAAAUCUUAUUUAUAAUGUGGCAAAUAUAUUUGGAUUUGUAUGUAGAGGAGAUUAUGGAGAAUAUAACGACGAAAUUGCUAAUUUUCUUCUCGAACGAACCACUGAACCCUCUGAUAUAACAAAAGAUGAAGUAAAAGCAUUAAAGGACGUUGCAGUUUAUUUAGAUAUAGUUGCUGGCAUCCAAGUAUCUUUAGACAACGAUACAGAGAUACUCAUACGAAAUUAUUUUCUAACCGCUCGUAGAGAAGGCAAUAGAGGCGUGUCAGUGGGAAGUAUGGAAGCAUUAGUAGCAAUAUGUCUAACAUGCGCAAGGCUUUGUCGGCGAACAGUAGCCAAUAUAGACGACGCAGUUUUGGCCAUUUGGUUACAUGUCAGCGGCAGCCCUGAACCAAGAAUCGCUCCCAAUGAGUAUCUCGGAGCUCCAACUGAUAUUACCAGUUUAAAAGAAUUAUUCAAACUGUUCAAACAUUGGCUGUCAGAGUUUAGUGGCCUUGAUAUUCCAUAAUGCAAACAACGAGAGGGU